AAUUCUUUUUUGUAUUUUUUGGGAAAUAGCAUGUCCGUUAGAAGUGUAUAUCAAUUCUCUUCCCUGCUGAGAAAAUGUACUACUCUCUCUGAAAUCUCUCACGCGAGGAUAACCCAUGCCCAAACUCUUGUCAAUGGCUUCAUUAUUAAUGUCACACUCCAAACUGAUCUCCUAUUGGCGUACUCUAAAUGUGGUCUUAUUCAAGAUGCUCGCAAAGUGUUCGACAGAAUGUCUGACAGAAACAUGCAUUCCUGGAACAUUAUGAUUGCAUCAUAUGCGCAGGAUUCUUUGUAUUCUGAUGCUAUUAGUGUCUUUGAUGAGUUCAGAAAACUUGGGUUUCGACCAGACCACUUUACUUUGCCUCCAUUGUUAAAGGCAUCUGCUGGAGUGCGAGAAGUUUAUGUCGGUAAAGUACUUCAUGGCUGGGUGAUUAGGCUUGGGUUGGAGGAUUAUGUUGUUGUGGGUACUUCAGUUUUGGAAUUUUAUUUAAAAUGUGGAGAUUUGGUUGAUGCACGACGGGUGUUUAACAGCAUGUUGUGGCAGGACACUGUGGCUUGUAAUUUGAUGAUUUCGGGAUAUGCAAAGGCUGGUUUAUGUGCAAUGGCUAUGAGCUGUUUCAGCAACAUGAUUGGGAAAGGAGUGAAAAUGGAUUCCCGGACCAUCCCAAGCAUUUUAAAUGCUUGUGGUGGAGAAGGAGCUUUGAUGAGAGGGAAAGAAGUUCAUGGAAAUAUAGUUAGGAGUCCAUUCUUUUCGACAGAUGUUGUAAUUGGGAAUUCUUUGAUCAAUAUGUAUGCAAAGUGUGGAUGUUUGCAUGAUUCGGAAAAAGUAUUCAGGAAUAUGAGACAAUUGGAUUUAGUUACCUGGACUACGUUGAUAUCCUGUUAUGGAGUUCAUGGGAAAGGAAAGACAUCUCUGGUUCUAUUUAAGAAAAUGCAAGAGAGAGGGUUCGAGCCAAACUGUGUCACAUUAAAUGCAGUUUUGGCCAGUUGCAGUCAUUCAGGUCUUAUUGAUGAUGCCAGAAGAAUUUUUAAUUCCAUGUUUUUGAAGUAUGGAUUUGAACCUAGCAUAGAGCACUAUGCUUGUAUGGUAGAUCUUUUGGGUCGAUUUGGCCAUCUUGAGGAAGCACUUGCAUUAGUAAAGAACAUGAAGUUAGCGGCAUCAGCAAGCAUUUGGGGUGCCUUGCUUGCUGGUUGCAUGAUGCACAGGAAUGCUGACAUUGGAGAAAUAGCAGCUCAUUAUCUCUUCGAAUUGGAACCUAGAAACUCUAGCAACUACAUAGCUUUGUGUAGCAUUUACGAGUCCCUUGGUGAUAGGGAUGGUGUUUCGACAAUGAGAUCAAAGAUGAAGGAAUUAGGUUUGACUAAAACACCUGGUUGUAGCUGGAUAACCAUUGCUGGAGUGAUACACAAGUUCUACCAAGGGGAUUGUUCUCAUCCACUUGCUCAGGUGAUAGCUGAAAUGUUAGGUCAAAUGAUUACCGUGCUGAUGUUGCCUGAUGCUUUUGGGCGUGGAAACCACAUUUAAAUCCAGCAAAAUUUCAAAAUUCCUCAAGGUCAUGGUUUUACCAGUCAAAAGACAUAGAUCAUCACUAUCCGAUCCUCUUUAAGCAGAGAGCAACUGAGAGGAAUGCAAGAAAGAAUAGACCGCCAAGCGAGACAAAGACAACAACUAUGAUGGUUGAAUGAUGUCCUGAAGGUGGUGGAGGUGGAAUGAUAUGAGGUGGUGAUGGUGGAGUUACA